UGCAGAUCAUUUAUCCGCAGCGACGAUCACGAUUCGAGUCACAUCGACGAAGCCGAUACAGAGCCCUACAUCGAUGAAAUGGAGCUAUCACAUAGCUUGACGCUCAAUGAGGAGGCGUUAAAACAAUUGCCCGAGCAAAAGCGACCAGUUUUUGUUUUCGAAUGGCUACGCUACUUGGAAAAAGUACUGCCAGUUGCACAGAAAUCGGACAUCAAAGGAUGUCAAAAAAAGUUGGUGCAGCAAUUGACCGAGCAUAUUCAGGGUUCACCGGGUCCACCGACGCGCAAAUUAAUAGCCAGCUGCUUGGCGACUCUUUUCUCUGUAGGUGAUACUUUUAUGCUGUUCGACACGGUGAAUGCGUGCAAUGAUAUACUAAAGAAUAAAGAUGAUUCUCCCAGCUAUUUACCAACAAAACUCGCUGCAAUUUGUGUAUUGGGUUCGAUGUACGAAAAACUCGGUCGUAUGAUGGGUCGCUCCUAUGAGGAAACGGUUCAGAUACUCAUACGCACACUGCGCAAUGCUGAAUCGCAGGCUCGUGCGGAAAUCAUGAUUACAUUGGAAAAGGUUUGCGCUGGCAUGGGCACCGCCAUCUCAAAUGUGCACAAGGACAUUUAUAAAGCAACAAAACAUUGUCUCACGGAUCGCGUGAUGGCAGUGCGUGUCGCAGCUGCUAAAUGUGUGCUCGAAAUGAUCAAUCACGCACCGUUCCUCUAUCAAAGCGAGCUCGAGAGUUUGGCUUCGUUAUGUUUUCGUGCUUUUGAUGGCAGCAAUUAUGAGGUACGAUGCGCGGUCGCCAAGCUGCUUGGUACGCUGCUGGCUUUUACGCAACAGCCACCAGGUGGCGCAAACAAGAAACCGGGUCAACCCAUAUCAUCAAAGAAUCAGGCGCGCAGCGUCUCACUAGACGAAGCCUUGGGCAUAUUAAUGUCUGGCUUUUUGCGCGGUGGAGUCUCCUUCCUCAAGGGCACCGGCGAGAUUAUCAAAGGCAGUUCGAGCGUAAAUCGUGAGGUGCGUGUCGGUGUCACUCACUCAUACGUGGUGUUCGUGCAAUUCAUGGGCAGCGUAUGGCUGGAACGCAAUCUAAGCACAUUUCUGAUGCAUGUACUCGACUUGGUGGCCAAUCCAAAGGCUGCCUCGUCACAUGUGGACGCUGUCUAUUCACGCAAGUGCAUCAACUUUAUACUUCGCUCGAUUAUUGGCAAAAUGCUUGGUGAGAAGGCGCAAACAUCCGCAUGCAAGGAGCUCAUACAUAUUAUAGCCAAGCAAAUGAAUUCGAUCGACUUCAAUCCGGAAAAUGCAAAGGACUCGAAUCAAGAAACACUCUUCAGUCAACACCUAUUGGUAUGUGCGCUACAAGAGUUGGGAUCGCUUGUGCUCGGCUUGGGCACCACAGCGCAAAGUUUAUUGCAUGAUCAUACAUUAAACUCUAUUGAUGCAACAUGCGCAGUGCUAGUGCAUCCGUGCUCAGCAGCGCGCCUUGCGGCCGCCUGGUGUUUGCGCUGCUUCUGCGUGGCGGUGCCCAGUCAAAUUACACCGUUAAUCGAUCGUUUCGUCGACGCCAUCGAGCAGAUGCGUUCCUCACCAGAAGCUAUAUCUGGGUAUAGUGCAGCUUUGGCUGCUAUCUUGGGAAGCGUGCGGUAUUCGCCGCUCGGCAUACCGCAUACCAAAGGUAAAGUGGUCUUCAACACAGCUGAAGAACUACUUCGCUCCGCUUCGCAAAAUAGUCGUAUGUCCCUGAAUCGUACACAAGCGGGUUGGCUGUUGAUUGGAGCCAUAAUGACGCUCGGUUCGCCGGUGGUUAAGGGCUUACUGCCACGUAUGUUGUUGUUAUGGCGUAACUCUUUCCCACGUUCUAAUAAGGAGCUCGAAUCGGAGAAGGCGAGAGGUGAUGCUUUUACCUGGCAAGUAACAUUAGAGGGUCGUGCCGGUGCACUCUCAGUAAUGCACAGUUUCCUGCUAAAUUGUCCAGAUCUAGUGACCGAGGAUAUAACUCGGCGUUUGCUUACGCCCAUCGAAAGUGCGCUCGCCAUGCUGGUGAAUCUCUCACCCGUAUUGAAAAGCUAUGGCACGCAAUUGAAGGCCCCAGCGGCUAUGGUCCGUUUAAGGCUAUAUGAAACGCUUUCGCUGCUGCCGCCUAAUGCAUUGGAGUCAUCGUACACGCAUCUGCUGCGCAUGCUGGUGGCCGAGUUCACGCUUUCUGAAAAUCCAGCCAAUACAACGAACUCUUUGCUGCGCGCACUCUGCCAUGGCGACGAUUCUAUAAUUUUGGGUACUUGGUUGCAGGAGACAGAUCAUCGAACCAUUGAAGAUCAGGUAAUUACAUUUAUAUUGUUUGUAUUGCAUAGCGUUUUAUUAAAUAUUUUCUGCUUCGAUCAUAAUGCUGUUCAUAUUUUUGCGUUAAUUGUUGUUGUUAUACAUUUCCAAAGAGGGAAGAGAGUUGAAAACAAGUUGCUCAUUUUAAACGUUUCCCUAGAAGGAGUUGCUUGUAUUUUUAAAUGGCUUUCAACUUUAAAAUUUUUUUAAACACACUAUUUCAGAAGUUAUUUUCUUAAUGUGGUUAAUAGGUUUAUAAGAAAAAUAUGUACAGUAAGAAUUAAAUGCCGGAAUUCCACUAGGCAUUGAAAUGACAAAAAAUAUAAGCCAUUUAAAAGAAUGCUAUGUGGAAAUUAACCUAAUGACACUUUUCUUAACGUAAUUACUUUUAAUGCCAAAAAUUUGUCAUUUGUCAUUUUUGCCAUGUAAUGCCUAGUGGAAAUCCAGCAUAAGUUCGAGCGAAACGGGAGUGCGUAUUCACGAAUAUUAUCGCCUUUUCGCAUUUUCGAAAACAGCCAUUAUUUGGGUAACGGGCAUGGCUCUUUUUAAUAUUUCCACCUUCGAUUAAAGUUGUUAUUUAAUCCACAACCGGCCGCAUGGACGAAGUUAAA